GCGAGCGACCCCUGGGCUCAAGGAAGCAGCGACUGCAGCUCGGACGGGGAGGGCGGAGCGCAGACCGGCCGUAGUGUCGUCACCGCGGCGGCGCGGGCCGGGGAGCCCCGAGCCGAAGCAGCAACGCCGACGCCCUGCGCGCACCCCCUCCGCGGCCCCCUUCUCCGCGGCCCCGCGGCCUCCAUCUUCCUCUGGCUGCCGGUGGCAGCGCUCGUCUGCGGAGCGGGGUUGAAAGACACACAGAAGUCUUCAUGGAUAUAGUUGAUACAUUUAAUCAUUUAAUUCCUACUGAACACUUAGAUGAUGCCCUAUUUCUAGGAUCCAACCUGGAGAAUGAAGUCUGUGAGGAUUUUAGUACAAGUCAAAAUGUCUUAGAGGACUCGCUGAAGAACAUGCUCAGCGAUAAGGAUCCUAUGCUAGGAUCUGCAAGUAACCAGUUCUGUUUGCCUGUUUUGGAUAGCAAUGAUCCCAAUUUCCAGAUGCCUUGUUCAACAGUUGUUGGUCUUGACGAUAUUAUGGAUGAAGGAGUUGUUAAAGAAAGUGGUAAUGAUACCAUUGAUGAAGAAGAAUUGAUUUUACCUAACAGGAGUUUGAGGGACAGAGUAGAAGACAAUUCAGUAAGAUCACCAAGAAAAUCACCUCGUUUAAUGGCACAAGAACAAGUAAGAAGUUUGCGACAAAGCACUAUUGCCAAGCGUUCAAAUGCGGCACCUCUAAGCACAAAAAAGCCAUCUGGGAAGACAUUAUCUACCUCUAAAGUAGGGGUGAAACCACCAGAAAGAUGUCAGGGUAAAGAAGAAGUUUAUUCAUCACUGAAAUCUGAACACCCUAAGGAGAGUAGAAGAAGUGGCCGGCAUGCCGAACACAUGGAUGUGGCGCCAGAAGUCUCAGUGUCUUCAGUUGAUUCUGUAGUGUCAUCAUGUGUUGGAAUGAAGGAAGAAGCUGAGUUCAAUCCCAAGCAUGUAUGUAAUAGCCAGGGUGAAGUGAACGUGCCGUCUCCUGAGUUAGAGUGUCCACUUCUUUCAGAGACUAGUGCUAGUGUGGAAGAGAACACUGACACUCUGAUGGAAUGUAAAGCUAAGACUAACAGUAGCCCGUUAUUUAAGUUUCCAGUUAAAGCAGAUGAGCAGAGUGAUCUUGUUUCGGGUGAACUGGAUGACACCGUUGAAGGAGGGAAUGCAGGGGGAAAACCUGAGCAAGAAGCAGAGGAGGUAAAGUUCCCCUGCGAAGGUGACCAGAUGGCCGAGGAACCUGAAUCUUGCGAUGUGCCUGGUGACUCUGCUUGUACCAAUAAAAAUAAGACAGAAAAAAAUGAAGGGGCGGAUUGUCAUUUGGAAUUGAAGAAUGCUGUGGAUAUUGUUGAUAAACCUGAGAACUCUCCUCGGAGAAAUCAGUUGGAAACACUGGGUUAUGGUGAAGACACAGAGUCUAAUGAUGUUCCGUUACAGAGCACAGAGUUCAAUAAGUCAGAUUUGGAGGAGGUUGACACUUGUGCUUUUGAACCAAAAACUAGUCCUUUAGAAAAUACUGUUUGUGAUGUUCCUGACCAAAAUUCAAAGCAAUUGAAUAUUAUUCAAAAUACUAAAAUGGAAACAGCAAAUCUUCAGGUUGAUAGAAGUGGUUUAGAGCUAAAAAACAUAAAAUCCAAAAACAUAAAAUCUGUAACUCAUUCUAAACAAAGCAUGACCACAGAGACUCCAAGAAAAACUGUGGCAGCAAAGCAUGAAGUAGGUCAUAGCAAAACUAAAUCUAAUGUCAAGAUUGUGAAGCGAAAUGCUGAUGAACCAGAACCCCAGCCUGAUUUUCAGAGGCCAGUCAAAGUGAGAAAAAAACAAGUUGAUAAGGAUUUGAAGAGCCAGAGUUGUAAUUCUGGAGUUAAAUCUGUGAAAAGCCAAGCUCAUUCUGUAUUGAAAAAAAUACCCCAGGAUCAAAACACAAUGCACAUUUCCAAACCUUUAACUCCUUCUCUUAGUGAUAAGCUUCAUGGUCACCCUGGCUUCUCUAAGGAGCCUCAUCAUCCUGUACAAACUGGACACUUAGUGCAUUCCAGUCAGAAACAGAGCCAUAAGCCUCAGCAGCAGGCAGCAGUGCUGAAGGUCAGUAGCCAUGUGAAGGAUGAGCAUGAACACCCAGGCAGUGAGCAUCUUAAGGAAGAGGAUAAACUGAAGCCAAAAAAACCUGAUAGGAACCUACAGCCUCGCCAAAGGAGAAGCAGCAGAAGUUUUUCUCUGGAUGAGCCCCCAUUGUUCAUCCCUGACAACAUAGCUACUGUAAAAAAAGAAGGGUCAGAUCAGACCACCUCAGUUGAAAGCAAAUAUAUGUGGACUCCCAGCAAACAGUGUGGGUUUUGCAAAAAACCACAUGGCAACAGGUUUAUGGUUGGCUGUGGGAGAUGUGAUGACUGGUUUCAUGGAGACUGUGUUGGAUUAAGCCUUUCUCAAGCACAGCAGAUGGGAGAAGAAGACAAAGAAUAUGUUUGCGUAAGAUGCUGUGCUGAAGAAGAUAAAAAGACUGACGUAGUAGACACAGAGAUUUUGGAAGCCCAGGCUCCUACCGAAGCCCACAGUGAAGAUAAAAGGAUGGAGUGUGGAAAGCUGAUGUCAUCGAAGCAUGGUGUCACCGAGGAUAAACACAGACACUCGGAUGACUCUGGGAAGCACAAGGUCAAAAUUUUAAAACGGGAGUCUAGUGAGGGAAAAACUUCCUCUGAUAGUAGAGAUAAUGAAGUUAAAAAAUGGCAGCUAGCCCCUCUUCGCAAGUUGAGCCAACCACUUUUACCUCGAAGAUCAUCAGAAGAAAAAAGUGAAAAAAUAGCAAAAGAUUCUGCAGCUCUUGCCUGCGCAGGCGAGAGAGCAGCGAGAUCAGGUACUCAUGAGAAGCAAGAGACAAAAAAGAGGAAAGUUGAAAAGGGUGGACCUAACGUGCACCCACCUGCUGCAGCUUCCAAGCCUUCUGCAGAUCAAAUCAGACAGAGCGUCCGGCAUUCUCUCAAAGAUAUUCUUAUGAAAAGACUUACAGACUCAAACUUGAAGAUCCCAGAAGAAAAGGCAGCAAAGGUUGCCACAAAAAUUGAAAAAGAACUUUUCUCCUUUUUUCGGGACACGGAUGCCAAAUAUAAGAAUAAAUAUAGAAGCUUGAUGUUUAAUCUAAAAGAUCCUAAAAACAAUAUAUUAUUUAAGAAAGUACUAAAAGGAGAAGUAACCCCUGAUCAUCUUAUAAGAAUGAGUCCAGAGGAACUAGCCUCCAAAGAGUUAGCUGCGUGGAGACGAAGGGAGAACAGACACACCAUAGAGAUGAUCGAGAAGGAACAGAGAGAAGUGGAAAGACGACCAAUCACGAAAAUAACUCACAAAGGUGAGAUAGAAAUCGAGAGUGACGCCCCGAUGAAAGAGCAGGAAGCAGCCAUGGAGAUCCAGGAAUCUUCAACCAAUAAGUCAUUGGAGAAGCCAGAAGCAUCUGAGAAACAAAAAGAAGAGGCUGACUCCACAUCUAAAGACACCACUAGUCAACACAGACAGCAUCUCUUUGACCUGAACUGCAAAAUAUGCAUAGGUCGAAUGGCACCACCUGUAGAUGAUCUUUCUCCAAAAAAUGUGAAAGUUGUUGUAGGAGGAGCCCGUAAACAUUCCGACAAUGAAGCAGAAAGUAUAGCAGAUGCAUUGUCUUCAACUACAAAUAUUCUGGCCUCUGAUUUCUUUGAGGAGGAGAAACAAGAAUCUCCCAAAUCAACAUUCUCCCCCACUCCACGUCCAGAGAUGCCUGGAACUGUAGAAGUUGAAUCAACCUUCCUGGCUCGAUUGAACUUCAUCUGGAAAGGUUUUAUCAAUAUGCCAUCUGUGGCAAAGUUUGUUACCAAAGCCUACCCUGUUUCUGGAUCCCCUGACUACUUGACAGAGGAUCUACCAGAUAGCAUUCAAGUAGGUGGCAGGAUAUCGCCUCAGACAGUUUGGGAUUAUGUGGAAAAAAUAAAAGCAUCAGGCACCAAGGAGAUCUGUGUGGUUCGCUUCACACCAGUAACUGAAGAAGAUCAGAUUUCUUACACUUUGCUGUUCGCCUACUUCAGUAGCAGAAAGCGCUAUGGUGUGGCUGCUAACAACAUGAAGCAGGUUAAAGACAUGUACCUUAUUCCGUUGGGCGCUGCAGAUAAAAUCCCACACCCUCUUGUGCCUUUUGAUGGACCUGGACUUGAGCUGCACAGACCUAAUCUGCUGUUGGGCUUGAUUAUUCGUCAGAGGCUGAAGCGACAGCACAGUGCGAGUGCAGGUCCCAGUCACACAGCCGAGACUCCUGAGAGCGCCCCAAUAGCCUUGCCCCCUGACAAGAAAAGUAAAAUGGAGUCAUCCACAGAAGAAGCAGCAGAGGAAGAGAGUGACUUUUUCAAUUCCUUUACAACUGUAUUACACAAGCAGAGAAACAAGCCCCUGCAGCCUCUUCAGGAAGACAUGCCAACAGCAGCUGAACCUCUAAUGGAAAUCACCAAGCAAGAGCCUCCAAAACCCUUAAGGUUCCUUCCUGGGGUCCUAAUUGGCUGGGACAAUCAACCUUCUACUCUGGAACUAGCAAAUAAACCUCUUCCUGUGGAUGACAUACUCCAGAGCCUUUUGGGCACCACUGGUCAAGCAUUUGAGCAGACUCAACCAGUUGUAGAACAAAGCACUCUUAAAGAAAUUCCUUUUAUAAGUGAUCAAGCUAACCCAAAAAUAGAGAAAAUAGAUAAAGUGGAGGUAACUGAAGGUGAAACCAAGGAGAUAAAAGUUAAAGCAGAAAAUAUUUCGGAGUCUGCAGGUAAAACCUCAGGAGUAGAAGAAACUUCAUUGGUAGGUUCCUCUUCCAUUUCUCCAGGGCCUCUGGCAAGUCUCAGUCUGAGAGGGAAACCACCAGAUGUUUCUACAGAAGCAUUCUUAACAAACUUAUCGAUUCCCUCAAAACAGGAGGAAACUGUGGAAAACAAAGAGAGAAUAUUAAAAAGACCACUGCUCCAAGAUCAAGAGAAUAGUUUGCAAGAUAAUAGGACUUCUAGUAACUCUCCCUGCAGGCCUAGCACCGGAAAGGGAAGCAUGGAUGGUAACGUGAGCUGCAGUGACAGUCUUGUUGCUAACACCAGAGCCCCACAGUUCAUCAACCUGAAAAGGGACCCUAGGCAAGCAGCAGGACGAAAUCAGCAGACAGCUUCAGAAAGCAAGGAUGCAGAGAGCUGCAAAAAUGGAGAAAAGCAUGCUGUGUCUGUGUCUGGUCCACCACCCAACAGAGAGCCCUUCGCAGAGUCUGUCGGUGGAGAGGGAAAGCUGCCUUCUCUAGAGAAGAGCUCUUGUGUAGAGCAACGUGAUGACUCAGAGGCUGCACCAAACUCAUCCUCACUAGAAAACUUAAAUUCUUCACAAGCAGAACAAGCCAAUCCUUCACAAGAGGAUACUUUAACACAAAAUAUUGAAACCGUCCAUCCAUUCAGAAGAGGAUCGGCUACAACAUCUUCUCAUUUUGAAGGUGGAAAUACAUGCCAAUCAGAAUUUCCUUCUAAAAGCAUCAACUUUACUUCCAGGAGUAGCAGCCCCCGAGCGAAUACAAACUUUUCACCUAUGAGGCCACAGCAACCCAACCUCCAGCACCUCAAGUCUAGUCCUCCUGGGUUCCCAUUUCCAGGACCCCAAAACUUUCCUCCCCAAAAUGUGUUUGGAUUUCCACCACAUUUGCCACCUCCGCUACUCCCCCCUCCAGGCUUUGGCUUUCCUCAAAAUCCCCCUAUGGUUCCUUGGCCACCUGUUCAUGUCCCUGGCCAACCACAACGCAUGAUGGGGCCCCUUUCACAAGCAUCAAGGUACAUGGGCCCACAAAAUUUUUAUCAGGUAAAAGACAUUCGGAGACCAGAGAGGCGCCAUAGUGACCCGUGGGGUAGGCAAGACCAACAACAACCAGAUAGGCCAUUUACUAGGGGUAAAGGGGACCGUCAGAGAUUCUACAGCGAUUCACACCACUUGAAAAGAGAUCGUCACGACAAGGAAUGGGAGCAAGAAUCUGAAAGGCACAGACACAGAGACAGAAGCCAAGAAAGGGACAGAGACAGGAAAAGCAAAGAGGAAGCACACAAAGAUAAGGAGAGGCCACGGCUAUCACACAUCGAUCGAGCACCAGAUGGAAAAGUGAGCAGAGAUAAUAAGAGUGCAGACAAGAAACCGGAUAAGCCUAAAGGUGAAGACCAUGAAAAGGAGAAAGAGAGAGAGAAGAGCAAGCACAGAGAAGGGGAGAAGGACAGAGAGCGGUACCACAAAGACAGGGACCACACUGACAGAGUGAAAAGCAAAAGGUGAAACUCGGAGGCUGCUUCGGCAUCACGUUUAAAACUGUUCCAUGUGUGUCUUUAUAAGAUUGCCUGGUAGGACUGUGCCAUCUUAACCCUCGCUGUUGGUGGUUGGCAGAGCAGUGAACUGUGCUGGUGCAGAGUCCUGUGCAGCAGUGCCCACCACCCCUUCUUCACACCGCUGUCCUAUCCACAGGAAUUUCAUAUUUUUAAAGUUUUACAAUACUGUAUAUUCAAAGAUUUGUUUAAUUAAUAUGCAAUAAAGGCUUAGAAAUUUUAGUUUUAUUCCUUAAUUGGUAAAUAUGGUUAACUAUGAAAUAUAUUUCCUGCCUCUAGUGAAUGUCCUUUCUAUAAUGACUAAUUUGAAAGUAAUCUGUGCUCUGUACAUUUGUUUUCAAUUGCACUGUUUUUAAAGAAAAUGUAGAGGAACAGCAAAAAAAAAAAAGCCAAGUGACUUCCUGAUUAGCCCGUACUAACUCUUCAGGGGCCACUGCGACUGAGUCAGGGGCCCGGGAGGGAGGCGACUGCUGCUUUUAUCUGUGCUUGCGAAGGCGUUUCUUACCAUGUACUGCAGUUGUGGUAGGCCAUCCCCCUUUCCUUUCUGGCUCUUCAGAAACUUGAAUACUUAAGCUUGUACAUGAUCUUGUGUUUUGCUAUCCUUUUUACUGUAAAAUGUAAAUAUUUUAAGGGAUAUUUUGAUUCUAAAUAUGAUAAAAGAAUUUCUCACCUA